UCUUCUUCUUCUUCUUCUUCUUCUUCUUCUUCUUCUUCUUCUUCUUCUUCUUCUUCUUCUUCUUCUUCUUCUUCUUCUUCUUCUUCUUCUUCUUCUUCUUCUUCUUCUUCUUCUUCUUCUUCUUCUUCUUCUUCUUCUUCUUCUUCUUCUUCUUCUUCUUCUUCUUCUUCUUCUUCUUCUUCUUCUUCUUCUUCUUCUUCUUCUUCUUCUUCUUCUUCUUCUUCUUCUUCUUCUUCUUCUUCUUCUUCUUCUUCUUCUUCUUCUUCUUCUUCUUCUUCUUCUUCUUCUUCUUCUUCUUCUUCUUCUUCUUCUUCUUCUUCUUCUUCUUCUUCUUCUUCUUCUUCUUCUUCUUCUUCUUCUUCUUCUUCUUCUUCUUCUUCUUCUUCUUCUUCUUCUUCUUCUUCUUCUUCUUCUUCUUCUUCUUCUUCUUCUUCUUCUUCUUCUUCUUCUUCUUCUUCUUCUUCUUCUUCUUCUUCUUCUUCUUCUUCUUCUUCUUCUUCUUCUUCUUCUUCUUCUUCUUCUUCUUCUUCUUCUUCUUCUUCUUCUUCUUCUUCUUCUUCUUCUUCUUCUUCUUCUUCUUCUUCUUCUUCUUCUUCUUCUUCUUCUUCUUCUUCUUCUUCUUCUUCUUCUUCUUCUUCUUCUUCUUCUUCUUCUUCUUCUUCUUCUUCUUCUUCUUCUUCUUCUUCUUCUUCUUCUUCUUCUUCUUCUUCUUCUUCUUCUUCUUCUUCUUCUUCUUCUUCUUCUUCUUCUUCUUCUUCUUCUUCUUCUUCUUCUUCUUCUUCUUCUUCUUCUUCUUCUUCUUCUUCUUCUUCUUCUUCUUCUUCUUCUUCUUCUUCUUCUUCUUCUUCUUCUUCUUCUUCUUCUUCUUCUUCUUCUUCUUCUUCUUCUUCUUCUUCUUCUUCUUCUUCUUCUUCUUCUUCUUCUUCUUCUUCUUCUUCUUCUUCUUCUUCUUCUUCUUCUUCUUCUUCUUCUUCUUCUUCUUCUUCUUCUUCUUCUUCUUCUUCUUCUUCUUCUUCUUCUUCUUCUUCUUCU